AAAAACGAAUUUUGUACUAUAUUAACUAUAAAAAUUCAUGUCUAAGGAAAAUCUUAAAAAAUGACAUGGUUCCUGUGAUUGAAACAGACAAUAGUUUUUCAAUAAAUAAUAGAUGUAGUAGUUCUAAAAUAAUGGAAAUUCUAGAAAAAUCGAAUUACUCUAUGUCAAAUUUUUUAACAUUUAACUCAGAUUUAAUCGACGAUAUUUGUAGAAAACUUAAAAUACAAAUCAACAAAACCAAUAGAUGGUCAGUAUAUAAAGAAUGUAUAAACAUUUAUAAUAUAACUAGUAAUAGUGUAACUAUCAAUAGCUAUAAAACUGAUUGGGCUAGAAUAUGAGUACAAAACUCAGAAUCGCAUGAAAAUGUUGAAACUACUAUUGAAAAUAAUUUUCACUUAAAUGAUCCGGAAUUUGCUAACUGUGUUCCUACUGAUGAUAUCAGUUAUGAUAAUGAUGAUGUAGACUUAGUAAACAGAAAAUAUAAUGAUGAUAAUAAAUUUAACAUAGUUGACAUCAGAAAAAAAGAAACAAGUAGAAGGGUCAAAAUGGGUAUAACUGCAAAAUCUAUUAAAAAAAGACGCGAUUACAUGCAUAUUAUGCGAAAAAAUAAAGAGUUUCGAAUUAGAGAACGAAAUAAUGAGAAAGUUGCUAAAAAAAGAGCACGAUUAGAUUUUAAUAAAAGAAAGUUAGAAAAUGCAGUUAAUUUAAAAAAUAUGAGAAGAAGAUUAAUGGAUAACGAGAUUAAAGAAGCUAAUAGAAAAGCAGCUCGUUUAAGUAUGAUUAGGCGUUUGAAUGAUCCAGCUACAAAAAAAGCUAAUAUAGAAGCAGCUAAGGUUAGCAUGAAGAAACGUUUAAAUGUUCCAGCUAUAAAAAAAGCUAAUAUAGAAGCUGCUAAGGUUAGCAUGAAGAAACGUUUGAAUGACCCAGCUAUAAAAAAAGCUAAUAUAGAAGCUGCUAAGGUUAGCAUGAAGAAACGUUUGAAUGACCCAGCUAUAAAACAAGCUAAUAUAGAAGCUGCUAAAAUUAAUAUGAAAAAUAAAUUAGAAAAUCCUGAUAUGAGAAGGGCCUAUCAAAGAGCAAAUCAAAUUCGAAUGCUUAAAAGAAGAGCUUCUUCAAAUAGCAGCAUAGGGUCAAGUCGUAGAAAACGUUUUUAUCAUGUAUCUUCAUAUAGGUUGCAUGAAAAGGAAAAAUUAAAUACGAAACGGCAAAAGUGGGAAACUUUACUGUCAGAAUAUAAUUUAAAAAAAACGCAAGGUUUGUCUGAAACUUGUGUUUCUUGUAGCCGUUUAAGAUUACCAAGUAGCAUAAUCAAAACUCCAAAAAAAUUAUUAAGACAACUUAGUAUUAACAUUGAUUACAAUGAUAGCGAAAGUGUACUAGUAUGCACAAGUUGUUAUGGUCAUUUAAAAAAAUUAAAAAUUCCACCAUUGUAUGUUGGAAAUGGUUUUCAAUUAAAUCAUAUUCCGCAAUCAGUUAAAGAGCUUAACCAAAUAGAAAGACAAAUGGUAUCACUGCGAUUACCGUUUAUGAAAGUAUUCAAAUGUCUUCGAGGAGAAGGUCAAUUGAAAAUUCAAGGCAGCGUAGUAAACGUACCAAUUGACUUGACAAAAACAACCAAUAUUCUACCACGAAAAGCAGAAAAUUUGGCUACUAUUAAAAUUAUGAAAGUCAAAUUAAAAAGAAAAUCUUGUUUUAAGCAACAUUAUUUAUACCAAAAUGUUCGCCCUAUGUUAGUUGUGAGGGCUUUGAUGGAUCUUAGAGACCAACCAUUGUACAAAGGUGUAGAAAUUGACGAAGAAUGGUAUAGCCAUGUAACAAAUUAUAUUCAAACAAUGACAGAGGAGAUAGACUUAUUAGUUAGUGAAGAGUCCGAUAAGAGUGACAAUGAUGAACUAGUCAACCCAGGAACUAUAGACACUAUGGUUGAAAAUGGUGACUAUGUGUCUUUUGCUCCGGGUGAAGGUAUGAGACCCUUAUCCAUCUUAAUUGAUGACCAUGCCGAAGAAAAGGCGUUUCCUAAUUUGUUUGGUGGCCAUCCUAGAAAACUUAAAGAUCCAUUAAAAAAUUACUCCAAGGUAAUUAGAUCAGAACUUUUGAAUAUAGAUAGGCGUUUUGCAGCAGAUACGCCAAAUUUAUUUUUCAAAUGUAAAGUUUUUGUACACAAACAAAUUUCAAAUAAUGUACAAAUAAUUAUGCGAAAAAAUAAAAAAGAAAAUGUAACAGCUAGUGACGUUGCAAAUUCUGAAAAUCUAACGAAAAUGAUUGAUGAUGAUCAAGGCUACCGUUUAUUACAGAAUGUACAGAAUUCACCAUCACAUUUAGCUACUGUAAGGAAAAAUACUUUUGCGAUGGUAAGACAAUUAGGUCACCCUACAAUAUUUUUAACAAUUAGCCCAAGUGAGUCAACAUGGAGUGAUUUAUUGAAAAUAUUGUAUAAAUUACGUCACAAAAUUGAAAUAUCUGACGAAGACGCUUUAAAUUUACCAUAUGCAGAAAAAUCAAAUUUAAUCAGAGAAGAUCCUGUUGUUUGUGCUACAUAUUUUGAUCAAAGAUUUAGAGCUUUAUUUAAAUUGAUAAGAAAUAAAAAUGGAAUUUUUAAUGAACACCCAGUUUACCAUUAUUUCUAUCGUGUUGAAUAUCAGCAUCGUGGUAGUCCACAUGUUCACAUGAUUUUAUGGCUUGUGAACGCACCUCAAUUUGACCCUGCCAAGCCUGAAACAUUUGACGCCUGUGUGACCCUUAUAAAUAAGUAUAUACAAUGCAUGGUUUCCGAAGACAGCCCUGCGAAUGCAUAUAGCAGAUCAAAACAAACUCACCGUCAUACACAUACUUGUUAUCGUAGUGCAAAAGACAAAGAGACUAACAAUUGUCGAUUUAAUAUACCUUAUCCUCCAAUGAAAGAAACUUGUAUAUUAACACCACUAACGCCGGAAACCAGUUCAAACUAUAAAGAACGGUUACAUAAAUACAAAGUUUUAAUGCAAUACCUAAGGAAUUAUAAAUCUACAGAAAACCAAUCUAUAGAAGAAAUGUUGCAUAAUUUACAAAUAACAUCCUACAAUGAAUAUAAAUCUAUUAUUAGGGUUGGAAUUAAACGACCCAUGGUAUUUUUAAAAAGAGAUAUGGAACAUCGUAUGGUAUCUGGGUUUAAUGAAAUUUUACUUCCAUUAUGGGAGUCCAAUAUGGACAUUCAGUUCAUUUUAGAUACAUAUUCUUGUGUCAAAUAUGUCAUUGAAUACAUAGGAAAAAGUCAAAGAGGUAUAUCUAAGCUUAUGAAAGACAUAGUAGAAAGUUUAAAAUCAUCAUCAGACAUGUCUGUAAAAACACAGUUAUGGAAAAUUGCGUCUUCAUUUUCCGGAAGUCAAGAAAUAUCUGCUCAAGAAGCGGUCUACACUUGUUUAGGAAUAAAACAAUCAUGUACAUCUACUGGCCACGUAUUUAUUAAUACAAGUCAUUCGGAUAAAAGAACUCGCAUGGUUAAACCUAUUGCUCUUCGGGGUCUAAUGAAUCCUGAAUCUACUGAUAUAUUUUGUGAUGGACUAAUAGAAUAUUAUUCGUGUAGACCACUUUAUUAUGAAAAUUUAACUCUAGCUGAAUUUGCAGCUGACUUUGAAAUUAAAAGUAAACAAAAAUCAUAUAAAAAGUUGGAUAAUUCUGAGUCUGAUGAUACAAUAGACGCUGAAUCAAAUGAUGAUGUAUUUUAUGAAAGUAAUGUUCUAAUUGGGAAACCCAACAAGUUUAUGCAUAAGCGUAAGAUUCGAAAGAUUAUUCGAUACGUAAGAUUUAGUAUCGAUAAAAGUCCUGCUGACUUUUAUAGGGAAAGAAUUAUGUUGUUUUUUCCUUGGAGAAAUGAAUACAAUGAUAUAGAAAAUAUAAAUUGUCAAGAAGUAUAUGAAAAAAAUAUUGAACAAAUUCAACAAAUGUAUUAUCAGUUCAAUAAAAUUGAAGAAGAAGAUUUAGAUGAAGAUAUAAAUAACGUUGAAAAGCAACAAGAUAUUAAUGAGACUGAAUUACCGGAUGAUUGGGUCCCACAUGAUAAGAUAAUGUUGGAUAUAGGAGAUUUUAAAGACCAUGACGAUGCUGAUAAUUCAGAUAAAAAUAAUGAAAUCAAUGGAAUGUUUAACGUACAUAAAAUUAAUAACGAACAAUUUAUAAACCUAGUGAAAUGUAUGAAUGAAGGUCAACGUAUGAUUCUCUAUCAUGUUACUAAUGUACUUAGACAGCAAAUAUGGGGAUCAGGUGCACCUAGUAUUUUAUGUUAUGUAACUGGCCCAGCUGGGGCUGGUAAAUCUGUACUUAUACGGACUUUAGCUCAAUCAACAAUUAGAAUAGCUAAUGUCAGGCCAGAUAUAGAUGAUUUGUCACUUACUCCUGUGUUACUCACAGCACCUACAGGCAAAGCAGCAUACGGUAUAAGAGGUUUAACACUUCAUGCUGCAUUCAAAUUACCAAUUAAUCAAUUUUCUGGGAUAUUACCAAAACUUGGUGCUGACAUAUCAAAUACUUUACGGUGUCAACUGGCUAAUGUCAAACUACUCAUAAUUGAUGAAAUUUCUAUGGUUGGCUUAAAGACUCUUGGUUACAUUGAUCAACGACUCAGACAUAUUCUACGUAUUGACAAACCAUUUGGUGAUAUAAAUGUGAUUGUUUUUGGUGACUUUUAUCAAUUACCACCAGUUUUAUCCACACCACUGUACGAAUAUUUUGAUCAAAUAGUUGCCAAAUAUCCAACUUCGAUAGAAUUACUAGCGACGAAAGCGAUAUGGGAAACUUUUCAGUUUUAUGAGUUAACUGAAAUUAUGAGGCAGAAAGAUGAUAAAGAAUUUUCUGUAGUAUUAACUAAAUUAGCAAGAGGAGAACUGACUCAAAAAGAUAUCGAUUUUUUUAUAAAUCUUACAAAACCGUUAGAUAUUAGUUUUCAACCGGGCAUUAUGCAUCUAUGGGCCACAAAUAAAGAGGUAGAUGAUAUGAAUAGAAGAGUAUUAAGUAGUCUAAAUACUACUAGUUUUGUGUCUGAAGCAAUAGAUACAACAGGUAGAAAAGUUGACAUCACUGCAGCAAAGAAUCUUCCAAGACAAAAAACAAUGGGAUUACCUAAAACACUAAUACUAAAAUUAACAGCAAAAUACAUGGUUGUUACAAAUAUCUGUACAGAAGAUGGUAUUGUCAAUGGCGCAAUUGGAGAAUUGAUGCAAAUUAACCGAACAGUAACUGCUAAUGGUAAAGAAGUUGCACAUAGAGUGUGGAUAAAAUUUGACGAACCAGAAAUUGGUUCAAUCACCAGACAAAAAGUUAAAGGAAAGUUAUCUCCUCAAGGAGAUGUAUCUGACGACUGGUCUCACAGGACGCUUAUUGAAAUUACACACUUAGAAUUUCAAAUUGGUAACUCAGAGAACCGGAAAUUUACUCGAACACAAUUACCUUUGGUUGAGGCAUUGGCCUUGACUGUUCAUAAAUCACAAGGGGCAACUUAUGAAAAUGUUGCAUAUCAUGUGCCUAAAAAGAAUUUAGUGUGCAACAUGCUUUAUGUUGGAUGCAGUAGAGCAACAUCGGCUAAGGGCUUGAGUAUAGACUAUUUUCCAUCUAAUCCGCCAAAACCUACUGUUAAAGUUAAUGUUGAAAUGACUAGACUGCGAUCUUGUACAAUUAAACCUAAAUUUGAAUUUUUGACAUUAAAUAGUCACCCGAUAUAUUGUGUUUCCCACAAUAUAAGAUCAUUAAACAAAUAUGUUGAACACAUUCUUGCUGAUAAAAUAUUAUUAAAAUCAAAUUUACUAUUUUUUCAAGAAACUGGAACUACAGAUUCUGAUUUUUAUAAUAUUGAAGGAUUCACAGAGGUAUGUAGGAUCAAUAAAGUUCAUGACAAUGGCAAAAGUGGUUCAAUAUGCUUCAUAAAUAAUAAUAUACGUCAUAGUCUCAAGUCAAGUUAA